AUGAAGACGCUGUUCAUAUUACUUUUAAUAUGCGCAAUACAAUAUCAUAAAUGUGACGAUGAUUUGGAACCAACGGUCCUAGUAAAGACGUUCCCAAAAAAAGUCCAAAUGCCAUUACAGAAAGGUAUCAAAAUAAUAAACGCGAGGAAAUUCAACAAAUUAAAAGAACAGGAGAGCCGUAAAGCGUUUUAUAAGAAAAAAGAUAAAAAGGUAACUUACACAGCAUUCCCGCCGAUAGGUGAUAAGGUUGUGAAGACUUCGGCUGAAAAACAUUACUUCCAAAACACAAACGUGGAGAGGAAACCAAGGGUGAAGAAGGUGUUACCCGAAUAUGAACUCACUGUCUUUAGGAAUAAAAGAUCAUUAGAUAACACAGAAAAUAAUACACGAACACGGAGAAGAGCAAAAGGCAAGAGAUAUUUAAGUUCCAAAGACAAAGCCAAUAAAGUUCAUAAGAAAAUAGGUAGAAGCAGCAGCCAGAAGAGACAUCAAAAACAUCAAGAAAAAAUGAAAACUAAACGGACCAAAGAUAAUAUAACGUAUGUCUACAAAAAAUAUAAAAGCAAUAAGAAGAGGUCAAAUCUUAGGCAAGGACCGAAAAGAUCGAGCAUAAAAUUGAAAUAUACUGAGAAGGUUCGUAACACCGAUAUGAAAAGACAAUUGAUUGAACGAAACAGAAAAUUAAAACGCCAAAGAAGUUUAAGAAAUAGAGAAGACAGAAAAGUUGGAUAUAGAAGGCUUAUAGCUGGUAGAGAUGCCAUGAUUAAAGAGUACCCUUACGUGGUAUCAAUACAGAAAGGCCGCGAACAUUGGUGCGCCGGCGCAUUGCUUAACCAAAGGCUCGUAAUAACAACAGCUAACUGCAUUUGGAAGUCGGACCAUGUAAGCCGUAUGAAAAUCAGAGCUGGUACUCGUCAUAUGGAUAGGAAAGGUCAAGUGGCUAAAAUUAUGGAAGUGGUGAAACAUCCGCUGUGGGAUAUAAGAGGAGGACCAGACAACGACGUUGGACUGCUUCUAUUAGACAGAAAUAUUAAGUUUUCUGACUCAGUCCAUGGCGUUGAUCUCCCGAAUCGUGCGAUGUGGCCGGCUUUUGAAGAUGUCUGGGUCACUAGCUGGGGUUCGAAUAGACGUGACGGUGUAUACGACAGUAUGUCGAGCACGCUCCAAGUGUAUCACGCUAUGUUGAUGAGCAACGAGCAGUGUAACAACGUCACUAUGAGGUUCGGAGUACCUGUUACUGAAAACUUCUUCUGUGUCACACAGACUGGACGACGCGCGCCUUGCACUCGUGACACGGGGGCGCCUGCUGUGAGUGAUGGUGUUUUAUGGGGUCUAGCCUCAUGGGGGAUACGUAAACUAUGCGGUACGGAGCGCUUCCCGGCCAUGUUCUCUUACCUGGCCUCCAAGUCUAACCUGGCCUUCAUCGCAAACGCCACAAACUACCUCAUGUCAGACAAACGAUAUUUCCCCUACUCCGAUCGUUUCGUUGUCACCGGAGCUAGCAAGUCGACUAAAAGACGAACAUAA